AUGAAACUCCACCACCACAGCCAACACAGACUCGCACUCGCAUCCCUAGCGGCCCUCAGCACAGUAGUGGAUCCCACUACAGCUACCAAUGUUAAUACCACAGCCAUCGCCGUAAGCCAAUCCGUACCCGAAACCGCAGGGCUGCCGGUUCUGCACCCGUUCGUGUCAUUCUCGAUCGAGUUUGUGUUUUUCCCGGAUUAUGCUGGAAACCUGUCCCAUCCGAACACCUUUUCGAACCAGCUCCUGGAUAACCUCGCAGAACUGGAAGGCGUUAAACCUUUUAUCCGGGUGGGUGGCAUCACGCAGGACUUUGCACUCUACGACCCAAACCAAAAAACCGCAACAAACGGCACCUACGUCCCAAGCAUCAGCAAAGACUACCCGCUGAUCCUAACGAUCGGGCCAUCGUUCUUCGAGUCGUACGCGACCUGGCCCGGGGCGCGGUUCAUCCACGGCUUCGACCUGGGCCGGAACACGACGGCCAAUUUCGCGAGCACGCUGUCGACGGUGCCGGUCGUGUGUCGCGCGCUGGCGGACGGAAAGCUCGCGUACUGGGAGCUGGGCAACGAGCCCGAUCUCUACAAGACGUCGGCGCAGGGCGCCGUGCGGCCGGCUUCCUGGUCGGAGCGCGAUUAUGUGGAUGAGUGGGUGAAUAAGACCACGGCUCUGCGGAAGAAGAUGCGGGAGUCGGGCUGUGCACCCGAUCUGGCGGAGGCGAAGUAUAUUGCCCCCUCGUUUGCGGGGGUCUCGAAUAGUUUGAAUCCUGUGGUGACGUGGGAGAGUGGGCUUGGGAGAAAGCGGAAUAUUGCGCUGAAUUCGGAACAUAACUACAUCGGCGGCGCCACGCAACCGGGCGUUACACUGCAGAAGACACUAAUGAACCAUACCAUGACGGUGCAAAGUGUCGCACAGCAUGUCAAUGUCUCGACCAUCCUCGCCCAAAAGAACCUGACCACGGACAUCCCGUAUAUCCUGGGCGAGACCAAUUCCUUGUACAACGAGGGCGCGGCCGGUCUGUCCGACUCGUUCGGCGCCGCGCUCUGGGGCGUCGAUUUCAACCUCUACUGCGCCUCGCAGAACAUCCGGCGAUCUCACAUGCACCAGGGGGUCAACUUUCGCUACAUCUCCUGGCAGCCGGUGGACACCAACAGGACCACCAUAGGCACCAAGGCGCCCUACUACGGUAACGUCAUGGUGGCGGCCAUGCUCCACGGCGGCGACGGCGGCGAGAAGGAUGAUGUCCAGAUCGCCAACCUUCCGCUGGAGCGGGACACUGAGGCCGCAUACGCGGCGUACGUGAAUGGGGCCUUGGCCCGGAUUGCUGUCAUCAACUUGGUAGAGUUCAAUUCCACCGAUUCGACCACCGGCGGCCAAGUGGGCAGCCAGCGACCCAAUGCAACUUACGUUUUCCAAUUGCCUUCGGCCUCUCCCGGGACUACCGUCUCGGUGCAGCGGCUGAUAGCGAACGGCAGUGAUGCUAUCACGGGAGUUACCUGGGAUGGAUGGUCGUAUAAUUAUGAGCUGGAGAACGGAAAGCCGGUGCGCUUGCCCAACAUCACGAUUGGCGAGACAAUCCCCGUGAGCAGGGACGGGAAAGUAAGCAUCGAGGUUCCUUAUUCCAGCGCUGCUAUCCUGAAAUGGUAAGACCCGAGUCUAUACGCGUCGACUGGACUGCAGGAUUGUGGGCUAUCUGGGAGAGAUCCUCUUCAGACGGUCAAUCAUGGCAACCAAGGCAGUGACCGGCCGCGGUAUCUGCAGC